GACUAUCCCACUGAGAGUGACCACAAAAAUACAAAUAUUUUUAACAAAUGGAGCCAUUUAACUAAAUUUUGAGCUAUGGCACUACAGACUGAAUUAAUUACACUCCCCUAUACAGUGUUCUUUAGUGACUUUAGUUCAUACGAUAUCCAGUCCACAGAUCACGCCUACAUUGUACUGUUUUUGGAGCAGAUAGUUUUGUCACUAUAGAACACAAAAUAGUUAUUUAAAUGGUUUGAUCGUUUUUAUGAAUGGAUCUACAUUGAUUUUUGAAUAGACAGGAAGUGAUAAGGGCUGGACAGACCAAUGGGUCAAUGUUAAUCUAAGAAAUGUGAGAAACCAAUUAUCAUUAGAGACUUGGUGUGAUUAGAGUCAUUAGACUGUGUGUUUGGACAUAGUGUCCAUGUGUAAAUGUGUGUACUUUACAGAUCAUUAGAGACUGGUCUGAUUAGACUGUGUGUGCUGAGGACAUAGUGUCCAUGUGUAUGUACUUUACAGAUUAUCCUUAUCUAGACUGUGUCCACAUGGAAUAAUAAUUAACAGGGGAUAUCAUAUUUAUAGAAAACUAGUGUUUUGAAUGAAUUGAUUGUGUCUUAGGCUUUUAGAAUUAUUACAGAAGACUGAGGUUGAUGUACUGUGUAUGUAAUUAUAGCCAAAACCUUUAGGGUAUGUGACAUACUGUUCAAAAGACAAACAACUUAGUAAUUUAAAAGAAGGAUUUAGAUAUUGAUAAAAACACUAGACAUUUUGAAUGGGAGGUUUCUAUUGUAGACAUAGAACAGGACAAUUAGAUAUAUUGCUUAAAGGCAAAUUUUAUUUAACCAUAAUUUGCAGUGUAUAAAUCACUUAUAUUUAAAUUUGAUUUACUUAUCAGUGAUAUAUAACUAGAUAAUUAACAUGGAAAUUAAAUGCUAUCGACAGCAAUGAUGAUAUGGUGAAACCAUAAGACAGGUUCAUGAUAUUUGGAUUUAUGCAUUCUCCGAGUUGUGUUAUUCCGAUCUGUUUUUGUGGGAAUUAUUGACAGUUUCUACAUUCUAGGAAUCAACCAUUCCGAUAUUACACUGCAAUUAGGUUUUUUUUCUUGGUAUAGAAUUGUAAAUGGAAUUGACUACUUGCUCAGUGUAAUGCUUUUGAUCAGGAAGCUAGACAAAUUACACAAGUCAUUUACAGUUUCUUGUGCAUGCAAACUAUCAAUAAAUGUAAUGUUUUAGAGAAAGAUUAAUCAGAGUUUGAACGAGCGAGUAAAAAGUGACAACUUUAUGACUCAACUUGGGUCUGGAGAAAUUCCGUAAUAUUAACAUUCUACACAGAAAUUUCAUUGAGAAAGCCAAUUCCCAUUGUGUCUCAUUGGAAAGACAGUAAAUUAAAUGUUGCAGUUUGGGAAUUCUAAAUAUCAAAAGUUGAAUUGUGAAACUUGACUGCAGCUAGCUUCGGUAUUUUAAAUUAGGAAUAUAAUCAAUCAUUUUGGAGGAAACAAAGUAUCAGUUCUAUACAUUAUUUAUUUGAUUAUUGGAGUUUGUCUUUUAUCUUUCAUCAAUGAUUAUGGAUUUUCACGUGCAGAAUGUAAAAUAAUUCUUCAAUCUUUUAAACAAUUGUUCACCUUUGGUAUCCUAGGUAACAAAAUUAUUCAUUAAUUGAUUAUUUUCAUUGUGGAAAAGGCAUCCUUGUCAAUAAACGGCAUAACAUUACAAAUUCUGUAAUAGUUUGUUUGGAUUUAAAAUUAUAAGGUGUAUGCACACAAGUCAUUGAUUCUAUGACAAAGAGAAAAUCCACCGAUCUGAAUAACCUGAACGUAAUGUAAAUAAACUGAGGAACCUUUCUAUAGUAAAUGUUUAUAGUAGAGUGCUGAUUUAGUUACUAUAUGAUAACUUCAAGUUGCGCAAGAUUAUAAACACUUAUUAUCUACUCAUCAACAACAUUAUACAGCACAAUGAGACACUGUUAGAUAAUGUUAAGUCAACAACGAUUUCUUGGAUUGUAUCCCAUUGCUUUUUAUAGAACGUUACUAUAAUUAGAGAGAAAAUUUGAAAAACAACAUGUAAAUGAAUUUUAUAUAUAAUCAGUGACACCCUGGUGUUGAGUGGUUCGAGAAGGAUGGUUGAUGUUAUCGGCGAUUAUGUCCUUAAAUCACUCGUAUUUACCUUGAUAAUACAGGUUUUAUUUGAUGCCUGUCAGAACAAACAGAGCUGCCAAGUUCUAGCCAGUACCUCAACUUUUCGCCAAGAUCCAUGUGCUUUCACCUCAAAGUAUUUAAAGGUCAAAUACAAGUGUAGUCCUAGUGAUUUUAAGAACAUAACAGUGUGUGAAAACCAACAGAUAAAUAUUCGUUGCGAAAGAUCACAAAGAAUUGCAAUCUACUCCGUGUUAUUUGGUAGAGCAACAACAAAUACACCAAAGUGUUUAAAAAAUGGUAUUGGCUAUGCAGAUUGUAAAUCAGCUACUGCUACAGAAGAAGUUAUGAAAAGAUGUCAUGGUCGUAACCAUUGUGUGAUAGAGGCUGAGGAGUAUGUGUUUGGUAACCCAUGCCCUCCUGGAGUACAAAAAUACCUAUCUAUAUCUUAUACAUGUGUGCCAAAGAAGAUUUUAAAGGACAGAUUAAGACACCAUGGAAAAAAUGGUUUUCAUAGAAAGAAAAAAAGAAAGAAGAAAAAGCCAGAUAAAAAAGAAACAAGUUCAAGCAUUCCAGAAAUUGUUACCUUUAUAGAAAAAGUGCUAAAUACUGAGGCCCCUGUAAAUAACAAUAAUAAUAUGUAUCCAGCAGAUGAUGCACAGCAACAAGAUCUAGUGAGGAAGGGCGAGCUGCAAGUAAAUCCAAACAAAUCCUCCAAGACUCAGGAGGAGGUGGAGAAAUCCAAUAUAUCUACAGUGCUAUGUAUAAAUACUACAAUCAAAUCUACAGUUAGUCAGGGAAGAAACAAUGGUGCUAUUGGACUGGUUACAGACUGGUUCAAUUCUUUUAACUUCAUUUCUAAAAAUGAAGAAAAAGCAAUUCUUUAUCUUGUGAUUGGUGUUUGUGUUGGGAUAAUUUGUCUCUUAAUUGUGGUUGUGAUAAAACUGAUAAUCAGAAACAAACAUCAACGCAAAUCAAAACUGGACGUUACGGACCCAGUACAUUGUAAUCCACCUCCCCCACUAAAUCAUACCGAGGUUCCGACUAUGUCUCGGACUGACUCUGUAGACAGGAUCGAAGUUGUCAGGUUUGAACCUCGUGGAACUUUUAGAAAUGGGGAACGUUACCGACCACGUAGCAUGAGGAAUCUUGAAAGUGACGAUCCAUUUGAUUCUACCAUUGUAGAUCAUGGAGAUCCUUUUCAGCGACGAGGGACGUUAUUAAGUCUUGAUCAGAAUGACAGAGUGAUAAACAACUAUUACGGCUAAGUCACAUGAUAUUAAGGUGCUCUAUUUUUUACCUGUGUAACAGUUCAGAUUGUAAUGGUAGUGAUUGGGUUGUAAUAGUAAAUGUGUGCAAUGAUCUGAUGUGAAAAAUAUGUCUGAAUAUUUGAUGGUUGUAGCUUUGAUCACAAACCAUGUCUGAAUAUUUGAUGGUUAUAGCUUUGAUCAAAACUAUGUCUGAAUAUUUGAUGGUAA